AUGUCAAUGAUCCAGAGAUCCCUCCUCCGCAUGUCUCAACAAGUGACAGCCGUCAUCAACCUCCCUCUUCAGCCCAGCGAACCAAGCAUCUUCGCGUCACUCUCCCUGCAUGGCCAAGACCGCAUCCGCCUCCAGUUCCCCGACGAUAUCAUCAGCGACAUCCGAUCCAUCAUCUCGGCCGCCUGGGAAUUUGGCAUAACUUCCAGCGACGAGGCCUACCGGUACGAAUUAAAAGGCCGUCCGUUCGGAGGCCACCACUUCCUCACCUCACACGAAAAAACCGAGGCCGUACAAGCCAGACGACUGGUUCGCGACAUCCUCGCCUUCCUCUACAUUCGCUCCUGGCAGCUCAUCUACGAGCUCAUCUUCCGUCGCUUUCCCCCGGACGCACCUCCUCUGCCGGCGGUAGAAUGGAUAAGGGUCAUUAAUGAUGCUGAGAAAAUGGACGGUGUCGAUACGGACGCUGACUACAUCGGGGCUGCCAUUGCAAAGAUGAGGGACGUGUUUCAGUCAUUGGACUUGUUCGAGAAGGGCGAGUGGGAUAAUGACUGCUAUGAGUUCCGGCUGAGAAAUCGUCCGUUUAUACAGCGCGGCGUGGAGGCUAAUAAGGUCCGGCUCAUGAACUUGAGGCUUGUUGAGCUGCUUGACGAGCUGGGAUGGACUUCUCAUGCGACCGUUUGUCAGAACUCGGGAGGUGAUGAGUGCGGGAUGCCGGAUACUUGGUAUUUUGUUAAGCCGAAGGGGUCUGGUGUGUGA